AUGCCGAGUUCAUUGGGCACCCAGCACUUCAAACAACUUCAGGCACUUGUUCCAGCUCAGCCUGAGUGCAGGCUGCUCCGAGGUUCUCUCGAGGUGGUCAGGCAUGAACAUCCCUGCCCCACUGAGCAGGGAGGGCAGAAGGGAUUCCCUGACCCGGUGGAAUUGUUCCCUCUCUUGGGAACCUUUACUGGCAUGGAUGAGAAGGAGCAGCCUGUCAGAGGUGGAGAUGGCCAGCUCACAGAAGGAGCCUCCUGCAUCCUGAGGGAGCGUAGAGAGCAAAACCAGGCCCUGAGACCACUUGCAAAGGGCAAUGCCAGUAAAUCAUCUAAGGUCGGCACCAAGACAGGGCAGAAAGCCGGCCCGCGGGAGUGGGGUCCUGAGCGGCAGAGCUGGCCCUGCCCUGGCGGCUGUGCGGGACCUCGACUGACACAGAUAACAGGAAAUGACCCAUUCCCUGUGGUCACUCAUUCUAAAGGCCCCAACUUUCAAAGCUCAAGUGGUGAAGUGGGUGACUCCACAGAAAGGGAGCAGCCACGCCUUCCUCCUGGCCCUAGGAAGGAAGAGAUGAAACCGCAGGAGUGCGUUCCCAUCCUGCUGCGGAAGGAGAGCCCCUCUGUCCUGGUCCCCAAGGAUGGAAAGCUGCUGGCUGCCACCCUGCUGUUGGCUCUUCUGUCCUGCAGUAUCACGGCCUUAUGUCUCUGCUGGGUGGCCGCCCUGCAGGCGGACCUAGCCAGCCUGCGCGCGGAGCUGCGGAGCCACCGAGCUGAGCAGCUGCCAGCGCCGGCUGAAGCCAGGGCGGGAGCCCUCGGGGCCGCCUUGGAGGCAAAUGCAGCUGUCACUGCGGCCCCGAAGGGGAUCUUUGUGCCACCAGCUCCGGGAGCCGGCACCUUCGGUGAGAACCUCCGGAUGAAGCGUGCGGUGCAGAGUCCGGAGGGAACAGUCACUCAAGACUGCUUGCAGCUGAUAGCAGACAGCGACACGCCGACUAUACGGAAAGGUUCUUUCACAUUUGUUCCAUGGCUUCUCAGCUUUAAAAGAGGAAGUGCCCUAGAAGAAAAAGAGAAUAAAAUUUUGGUCAAAGAAACCGGUUACUUCUUUAUAUAUGGUCAGGUUUUGUACACCGGUAAUACCUUUGCCAUGGGACACCUAAUACAGAGGAAAAAAGUCCAUGUCUUUGGGGAUGAAUUGAGUCUGGUGACUUUGUUCCGAUGUAUUCAAAAUAUGCCUGAAACUCUACCCAAUAAUUCCUGUUAUUCAGCUGGCAUUGCCAAGUUGGAAGAAGGAGAUGAACUUCAACUUGCAAUACCACGAGAAAACGCUCAAAUAUCCCAGGACGGAGACGGCACAUUUUUCGGCGCUUUGAAGCUGCUGUGACCUACUUCUCCAGCGGCUGUGGCUCUUUUCCUCCCUGUCUCUGUACCUCUGAGGGAAGAACUAUUAACUGGAAAUACCAAAAGGGAAAAAAAAUGUCGUUACCAUAGCCUUUUCUGUGAGCUAUUUGUUUUGGUUCGCUGAAACCAGUCCAAAACAGGAAAUUUAACAGACGACCACAGCCAAGGCGAGUGUCAUGUGAAUUACGAGAAAUAGCAUUUAAGGAAAGAGAGAGACAGAGUUUGCAGUACAAUUCCACGUUGACCAGCUUAGUUGCAGCUUCUCGCUACGGAGGAGGCGUACUCACAGUGCAGAGGGCCGGCCGUGCCCCUGGAGUGUUUUAUAAUUCACUGCACAAUGCCCUCAUCUGCAGGACACGGAGACGUUUGUGGGAAACAACAGAAUUCACCUCCUACUUUUACGCUAAAUACAUCUCUCUCAGUUAACAUUAUGGAAAAUGAAAAAAAAAAU